CACCUUCGUGUUAGAAGAACACAACUACUUUUCCCUUUUUGUCAUAGAUAUUGGUCUCUCUUGCAUUUUUGAUCCGCUAUGUCUAUUCCCGGUGAAGCCUUUUGGGACAAACCCAUCUUCGAAAAUGACGAGAGUGACGAGAGUGACGAGGAAGCGAAAGCCGACGUCCCUCGCGAAGCUCCCCUCGAAAGCGAUCUGUAUGACAUCCUCGGCGUCGAGCACGAUGCAACCCCGGACCAGAUUAAGACUGCCUACAAGAAAAAGGCGCUGAAGCACCAUCCCGACAAGGCCCCCCCGAACCUGAAGGAAGAGGCAAACACCAAGUUCCAGCAGAUUGCUUUCGCCUACGCUGUCCUCUCCGAUGAAGGUCGACGAGAGAAAUUUGACCGGACUGGCAGCACGGCUAAAGCGGUCUAUGAGGAUGAUGAUUUUGACUGGUUGGACUUCUACCGGGAACAGUUCUCCGCUGCGAUCGAUGAGAAUGCGCUCGAUCAAAUCAAGAAAGACUACCAGCGAUCUGAGGAAGAGGCGAAGGAUGUGUUGGCAGCCUAUGAGACCCACCGGGGAGAUUUGGACAAAGUCUACGAGUCGGUGAUGCUGUGUAAUGUGAUCGAUGACGAUGAACGGUUCCGCGCCAUUAUCGACACGGCGAUUGCGGAGGGAAAAACCAAGGAGUACAAGAAAUACAAGGGCGCGAGCACAGGGGACAUGAGUGACCUGGCAGCGCUGAUCAGACAGCGGCAGGCCACCCGUAUCGAUGCCUUCUUCGGAAAGAUGGAUGAGAAGUAUGACCUGGACCCGGAUACGGGGAAACCCAGGAGCAGGAAGCGGCCAGCCAAAGAACCUACAGACAAGGAGUUCAACGCUGCUGCUGCGCGCUUGGGACAUAACAAGAGGAAGAAGUCCAAGGCGUAGUGGGUGUGACUUGGUGCCGGACAGCAACCGGGUCUUUGGGUGGAUUCAUUUUUGCGCCAUUUUUCUUUGGGGGUUGGGCGUUCUGGUUAUGUAGGGACAAGUCCUUUCGCAGGAUGGUACAUUGAGUGAAUUGGCAAAUCGGCAUGGGGGGAGCACUUCUUUUCUUGUUUUCUUGUAUUUGUUAUGAUUUGUCAUUGUUUUCCAACCAUUUGCUAUUGUGAAUCAACCCAUAGGUAAUAGAACAGACAUGAUACCUUCUUUGACCGC